AUGGUUAACAUUACUGUGCCGCAAAACUCACCAUCAUCUUCAUCUCAUUAUAAAUCAUCGCCGGAAGGUUUACCUUCUCCGUCACCACCGGCAACGAUCAAGCCGUCAGGAAGUGGGCUUGUUAAAGAUUAUUGGAUCAGGAGUACUACUUGCACUGCUAGUAGUACUGCUGAUCCAAAAAGAAAAAGACAAUUAAAGGUGGACAUUCCGGUUGUGUCUUACGGACAUUCCGGUUGGCUAACGUCGUCUUCGUUGACGACGGUGGUGGAGGACCCGUGGAAGGAAGUGGAGGUUGACGGAGAUGGGUUUUCGGUUUAUUGUAAGAAAGGAGCUAGAGAUGUUAUGGAAGAUCGGUUUAAAUCUUUUGUCGACUUCAAUGGACAACAUAAACAGGCAUUCUUUGGUGUUUUUGAUGGUCAUGGAGGAUCAAAAGCAGCUGAAUUUGCAGCAGAAAAUCUUUACAAAAAUAUUCUAACUGAAGUGGAAAAAAUGGGUGAAGUUAAUAUAAUCAAAGCAAUCAAACAAGGUUACAUGAACACAGAUUCACAAUUUCUGGAUCUAAAUAACCGUGGCGGAUCAUGUUGUUUAACCGCCAUUAUUAGAGACCGCAAUCUUGUUGUAUCAAAUGCAGGUGAUUGUCGUGCUGUGGUGAGCAAUGGAGGCACCGCCAUGCCUCUCACCUCCGACCACCGCCCCUCAAGACAAGACGAGAAGCAAAGAAUCGAGUCGCUAGGUGGGUAUGUUGAUUAUAGUCGUGGUGUUCCAAGAGUUCUUGGGUUACUAGCGGUUUCAAGAGGGAUUGGAGAUCAAAGUCUUAAGCAAUGGAUAACGGCUGAACCUGAAUCAAAUUUCUUUAAAAUCGUGCCUGAAUUUGAGUUCUUGAUUAUGGCUUCGGAUGGGUUGUGGGACAAAGUGAGCAAUCAAGAAGCAAUCGAUUUAGCCCGCUCCUUUUGUGUGGGCAAUGAUAAGUUACAACCCGCUUUGGCUUGCAAGAAACUGGUCGAACUUUCGGUAUCUAGAGGAUCCGUUGAUGAUGCUAGUGUGAUGAUAGUUCAAUUGGGCCAGUUUUGUUGA